AUGAAGGAGGACGACAAGCACGCUCAGCCAGUCCACCGCCAUGUCGAAGGGCUCGUUCAGUCUGGGCUGCAUGCAAGCAUCAAGGAAGUCCUGGAGUGUCUGUCGUCUGAUGAGGCCAUUGGUGUCAUCUCCAAGAUCGUUAAGGCAGAGACUACUGACGGCACGCGCUCGGCAGUCCACGAAUGUCUGGAAGGCAUGCUGAGCAUGCAGGGCCUGGAUGUGAUCGCGCACGCGGCAGCGGUGCAUGCAUUGACACUGGCCGAGACAUCCAGUAAUCCCAGCUGCCGCGCAGCAUCCCGCCUGACCGCUAAGGACAUCGUGCUGGGCUCCUAUGAUGCGGUGGAGGAGAAACAGCGCGAGCUACUGACUAACCCUUACGUCAGAUGCAUGCUGCUUCCAGCUGGCGCCCUGCUGGCGUUUGUUUUCUUCGUGCCCCUCUGCCUCUGCCUGUGGCGCUUUGCCCUGUACGGCCCAGGAAGCUUCCCCUGCCAGUGA